GCCGAAGAACCGACGAUUUUGCUUUAAUUUUAUUGUGACUGCGUGAGACAGGUUCUUCUUUCUUUUCAGUUGCAUUAUUUCUAUUAUCUAUUUAUUUCCUAGUAAAUUUUUGCAAAAGAAAGAUUUAUUUUCUACGUUUUAUCUUUAUUUCAAUUUAAAAUUCUAAUCAGAGGUACCUAGACGAUAAUAAUUAUAAUUUGUUUUUGAAAUUUAACUUGCGAUUGUGCACUUAAAUUCUUAACGCAAGUUUCCUGUUUUGUUGGUGGACAUAGACGUAGUAGAAGACGAGAAAAGGAAAACUUCUUUCCGUAAAAGUGCCGUGGCCUUCCCGUCCCGAGUCCCGACGAAACAACAAAAAGUUUUCAUCCAGACGGAAAAUGGAGUUUUUGUUUGGAUCGCGUUCGAGCAAGACAUUCAAGCCAAAAAAGAACAUUCCCGAAGGAACUCAUCAGUAUGAUCUCAUGAAACAUGCUGCAGCGACACUGGGAUCUGGAAAUUUGCGAAAUGCAGUUGCACUUCCCGACGGCGAGGACCUCAACGAAUGGGUAGCUGUCAAUACUGUGGAUUUCUUUAAUCAAAUCAAUAUGCUUUAUGGGACCAUCACUGAAUUCUGCACUGAAGAAAGCUGUGGCAAUAUGUCGGCUGGACCAAAAUACGAAUACCUAUGGGCUGAUGGACAAGCUGUAAAAAAACCUAUUAAAUGCAGUGCUCCCAAAUACAUCGACUAUCUAAUGACAUGGGUUCAAGAUCAACUUGACGACGAAACCCUAUUCCCUUCGAAAAUUGGUAUACCCUUUCCGAAAAAUUUCCUAGCAAUUGCCAAGACAAUACUAAAACGACUCUUUCGAGUAUAUGCGCACAUUUACCACCAGCAUUUCUCUGAAGUUGUAACAUUAGGUGAAGAAGCUCACCUUAAUACUUCCUUUAAGCAUUUUAUAUUUUUUGUGCAAGAAUUCGAUUUAAUUGAACGUAAGGAAUUAGCUCCGUUGCAGGAGUUAAUAAAUAAGCUAACUGCAAAGGAUGAACGACAGAUUUAAAUGCAACAAAAAAAAAAAAAAAACAAUAUACAUUUAAUUAACAAACAUUUAACUGUCGACCCCUUCCUUAACCUAUAUAUUGUAUUUUGUAAAUUAUAUAUGUUAAAAAUCAAUUAUUUUUAUAACUAAAAACAAUUAACAUAAAGUAAAUUGUUUAAAACAAGACAAAAAAUUAAAAAAAAAAAAAACACUAUACAAAAAACAAAAUGAAAAUAUUUUUCACGCAUCAUUGUAGGUAGUUUGCAUUUAAUUUUUGUUUGUUAAUUAUUAUUUCUUUUUUUCUUUGUGUUUUAAUUUCCAACACUACUCAAAAUGUGUACUUUAAGUAUUUUUAAAAAAACAAACUUUAUUUAACGCUUAUCUAGUUUUUUACGUUUAGCUUUAAGAUUGAUUUUUACAUCUUUAAAUUACGACUACAUAAUUAUACAUAAAAACAAAAACAACAACAUGAAAAUAAUGUUUCUUAUUUUAUUAUUUCACAUUUACAUAAUAAUAGCAAUUAAAAUGGAAAACUAUUUUAUUGACAUGACAAACUGUAUAAAUAAAUUUGUUUUAUUUUAAAUAUCAA